AUGAAGAACACAGCCCUCGACAGCCGGGAGGAGGUUGAGAUCUCCAGCCCUGCUCCAUCUGGGCAGUCAAUGCCAACAUCAGCAGGAGGCAGGGUCCUCAUGCCUGGCUCACCCACACCCAAGCCAACAGGGCUCCACUGGGCUGCCCGGUCAAGCGGUGUGCUGGAUAAUUCAGGAGGGAAAAUACUUGUUCGGAAAGUUGCUGGGCAGUCCGGUUACAAAGGAAGCUACUCGAAUGGGGUUCAGUCUUUAUCUUUACCCAGAUGGAGAGAGUCCUUCAUCGUCUCAGAAAGUAAGCCCCAAAAGGGUGUAACCUACCCAUCGACUCUUACAUAUUCAUCAUCCAAAACUGCAGCUGCUAAAGCAGGUGAGACCACAAAAGCCUACGAGAAGCCAUCUAUUCCAGGGACAACCAUACAGCCUGUCACCCUGACACAGGCUCAAGCUACCCCUGUAGCUGAGGCCACCCACAGACCCACCUCAAAGCCAUUUGCAGCAUCUGUCACCAGCAGCCCCAGACCCCAACCUGUGGGCCACAGGAGUCAGGAGAUGGAAGAGGUGGACGGGUGGAAGCCUGGACCAGCCCUUUUAGAUUCAGGAUUUGUGCCAAAAGAAGAACUCAGCACACAGUCUUCGGAGCCAGUGCCGCAGGGAGAUCCAAACUGNAAAAUUGACUUGUCNUUCUUAAUUGAUGGGAGCACCAGCAUCGGCAAGCGCCGCUUCCAGAUCCAGAAGCAGUUCCUAGCGGACAUCGUCCAGGCUCUUGACAUCGGCCCUGCCGGUCCCCUCGUGGGUGUUGUUCAGUACGGUGUGAAAUACACACGUGAGAACAGCAUGCCAGAGACUCCACUAUUCCUCGUGACCAUGGCACUCAGACCCAGAUGGAGAACACUGUUGGUCAGGAACCAUAGGCCCCAGGACCGCCGUGCCAUCUCCUUUGUAACCAAGACCUUCUUUUCCAAAGCCAAUGGGAACAGAGGUGGUGCUCCCAAUGUGGCUGUGGUCAUGGUGGAUGGCUGGCCCACAGACAAAGUGGAAGAGGUGUCACGAGUUGCCAGAGAGUCAGGGAUCAACGUCUUCUUUGUCACCGUCGAAGGGGCCGCCGAAAGGGAGAAGCAGCAUGUGUUGGAGCCCGGUUUUGCCAGCAAGGCAGUGUGCAGAACAAACGGGUUCUACUCCUUCAAUGUGCAGAGCUGGCUCAGCCUUCACAAGACCGUGCAGCCCCUGGUGAAGCGGGUCUGCGACACGGACCGCCUAGCCUGCAGCAAGACCUGUUUAAACUCUGCGGACAUAGGCUUUGUCAUCGAUGGGUCCAGCAGCGUGGGGACAAGCAACUUCCGCACGGUCCUGCAGUUCGUGGCCAACCUCAGCAAGGAGUUUGAGAUUUCAGACACCGACACACGNGUNGGGGCCGUGCAGUACACCUACGAGCAGCGGCUCGAAUUUGGGUUCGACAAGUAUAACAGCAAAGCCGACAUCCUCAGUGCCAUCAGGAGGGUGGGGUACUGGAGCGGAGGCACCAGCACAGGGGCUGCCAUCCAGUAUGCCCUCGAACAGCUCUUCAAGAAGUCCAAACCGAACAAGAGGAAGGUAAUGAUCAUAAUCACUGACGGCAGCCUGCAGCAGUGUGGCAAGCCACCCAGUGACAGCGAGCAUCGCCACACAACAGCCACUGUCAUUUCAGUUGCUCUAAGAAGUGCUGGUGGUCACAUGGUCUCUGGGAGGUUUCUGAAGGCUUCCAAUCCGAUAGUGUUCCUCUCACUUCAACAGCAGGUAACCUGCCAGCGAGUGGCCCUGUACAUCUAG